CACUCUCUAAAAACCGGAGUGGUCAGAGCAGACGAGGCUGCUCUUAAAGAAGUAAAAAUGAAGAUGAACAUGGCUUAUUGCAUCGCAAAGGAGGAGCUACCGUUCACUAAAUUUAGGAAUUUGAUAUCACUUUGCAAAAAGAAUGGAGCAGAUAUCACGCCAUCCUACGACAACCACGUCCGAUGCGGGGAGAUGAUUUCGACCAAUGCGGGAGAAAUGAAAUCCGGUCUGGCCGAAGAAAUCAGACAAGCCCGCCACAUCCCAGUCAUGAUCGACGGUGAUACAGAUGCUUCAAACAAAGAGUGAGAAAUGGUUUAUGUGCACAUGAUUCAAAACGGAAAACCUGUGAACAAGCUAGGUGGGCAGCAAGAGCUGAAACACAGCCAUGCAGUAGGUGAGUAACAUUUACGCUUUUAAACUGUUUUGGAGUGUUGAAAAUUAACAGCAGCCAAAUUGUGGGAAUGCUAAUGAUUAGUAGAUUGCUGGUGGAGAUAAGAGUGGAUUUUACAUGCAGACUGAAAUUGCACUGUCUCUGUCUGAUUAAUGUCAUCCAAUUGUUUAAGGAGUACUACAAGCCACCAAGACUGCUUUUGGGAAGCUGGGAGCAGAGGACAGUGGAUGGAUGGACUGGCUGGUUGGCUUUAGAGUAGAUGGUCCAGCAGUCAACAUGGGAUGUCGUGGAGGUGUUACUGCUCUGCUCAAGGAAGAGGCACAUGCUAUAUUCCACAUGUUGAGCGAGCAUUGCAUGUUCUUCUCCAACAAGGUGGAGACGAUGAAGAGGAAAGUGGCCAUUAUGCUGCAACUCUCCAGCACAUGAGCCACCUGGCUGCUUCUUCUCCCUGUCCUGAUGUGAAAGGAAGAGCAAAAAAGGGCAGGAGAACUGACAACUCCAUGAGUUUGAUUUGGGUGAGCUCAUUGCACCACUCUCAGCUCUACCCAGAUCCAACCUCAGCCUAAUCCCAUCAUCCUUUCCUCGUCCUAACCUCUCGCUGCUCGUGGGAAGCCAGCACAGCUAUGUUUCUCUUCACCUCUGCUGCACCCUUCCUCCUCCUCUUCCUCGGGCUCCUCUCCCCGCUGCCUCCCUGCAAGCCGGAGUCGCAGCGCAGUGAGCCCAGCGUUGACCCUGGCCUGAGGGCAGCCCUGCCCUCCUCCUUCCCUUCCUCGUUCGCUCCAUCCCUGGCUGAUGGAAACAGCACAGCCCCCGGUAUUAAGGAUAAGUGUGACGAGGAGACGGUGUGCAAAGCGGGGAUCUUGCUGCCGGUCUGGAAGCCAGACCAGCCCGGGCUCGGUUAUCAGGUAGCCAGAGCCGUGGUCUACUUUGUUUCUCUCAUGUACAUGUUCCUGGGAGUGUCCAUCAUCGCAGACCGCUUCAUGGCGUCCAUAGAGGUCAUUACAUCGCAGGAGAAGGAGGUGACCAUUACCAUGCCUAACGGGGAAACUUCAGUGGCAACGGUUCGAAUUUGGAAUGAAACUGUCUCCAAUCUGACUCUCAUGGCUCUGGGCUCCAGCGCUCCGGAGAUCCUGUUGUCUGUGAUAGAGGUUUGCGGUCACAACUUCGAAGCCGGUCAGCUUGGACCAGGGACCAUCGUUGGCAGCGCUGCAUUCAACAUGUUUGUGAUCCUCGGGAUCUGCGUAUGGGUCAUCCCCAACGGCCAGUCACGCAAGAUCAAACACCUCAGGGUGUUCUUCAUCACCGCCUUCUGGAGCAUCUUCGCCUACAUCUGGCUCUACCUCAUCCUCUCUGUCAUGUCACCGAGCGUUGUGGAAGUAUGGGAAGCCCUGGUGACGCUGCUGUUCUUCCCAGUUUGUGUUCUCCUGGCUUGGAUUGCUGAUCGUCGUCUGCUCUUUUACAAAUACAUGGGCAAACGUUACCGCGCUGACAAGCGCCAUGGCAUCGUUGUGGAAAUGGAGGGAGACUUGACUCCCACCAAAGGUGGCAUGGACAUGAUAAUGGAUGGCAAGCUGCCACCACAAGGAAUGGCUGCGGUUCCCGCUGAGAACGGUGCAGGCGGCACUCAGGAUGGAACAGCGGAUGCCAUGGUGAACAACACCGGAGCUGCAGCCGGAGCCAGGGGCAACCUGCCCAACUCCAACAGCACCAUCCUAAAUGUGGAGAGCUGCAGGGAGCUGGAUGCGAGCCGCAAAGAGGUGAUUCGCAUCCUGAAGGAGCUGAAGCAGAAAUAUCCUGACAAGGAGCUGGACCAGCUGGUGGAGUUGGCCAAUUACUACGCCCUGCUGCACCAGCAGAAGAGCCGCGCCUUCUACCGCAUACAAGCGACCCGGAUGAUGAUUGGAGCUGGAAAUGUCCUGAAGAGGCACGCCGCCGACAACGCUCGCCGUGCGGUCGUGACAGAUGAGGAGGAGGCUGCAGAAGACAAUCUGGCUGUCUGCAGCCACAUCUCCUUUGAAAGCGCCCACAGUCAGUGCAUGGAGAACUGCGGCGUCCUCAUGCUGGCUGUAGUCUGUCAAGGAGGUCUGGGAGAGAACACCUUCUACGUGGACUACAGGACUGAAGAUGGUUCGGCCAAUGCUGGCUCCGAUUAUGAUUACAGCGAGGGGACACUGGUGUUCAAACCUGGAGACACUCGGAAAGAGAUCAAGGUUGGUAUAAUUGACGACGACAUAUUUGAGGAAGAUGAGCACUUCUUCGUCCGGCUGCUCAACCUGAGAGUUGGCGACGUUGAGGGGAUGUUUGAAAGCGACGAGGUGGGCACCACCCCCAAAGCCUGCCUGGUUGAGCCCCUGGUCGCCACGGUGACCAUCCUGGAUGACGACCACGCCGGCAUCUUCACAUUCAGUGAGCGCAUGAUGCGUGUGAGCGAGAGCGUUGGCACCAUGGAGGUGACAGUGGUGCGAAACUCAGGCGCUCGAGGCACCGUCAUCCUGCCGUACCACACCGAGCCCGGCACCGCCAAGGCGGGGGAGGACUAUGAGGAGGCACGAGGAGAGCUGGAGUUCACCAACGACCAAACCACUCAGACCCUCCAGGUGAGGAUAAUUGAUGAUGAAGAGUAUGAAAAACAUGAGAACUUCUUCAUCGUGCUGGAGGAGCCUCGCUGGUUGAAGAGAGGAAUCUCAGCUUUGCUGCUCAACCAAGAGACUGCGGAGGGGCAGCUGAGCGCUGAGGAGGAUGAGGCCCGGAGGAUCGCUGAGAUGGGGAAGCCCAUCCUCGGGGAGCACAGCUGCCUGGAGGUGGUCAUUGAAGAGUCCUACGAGUUCAAGAGCACCGUCGACAAGCUCAUUAAGAAGACCAACUUGGCGCUGGUUAUCGGCACACACUCCUGGAGGGAGCAGUUUGUGGAGGCAGUCACUGUCAGCGCAGGCGACGGUGACGAUGACGAGGAAGGGCGUGAGGAACGUCUCCCGUCCUGUUACGACUACGUCAUGCAUUUCCUCACCGUCUUCUGGAAGGUUCUGUUUGCCUGCGUCCCGCCCACAGAGUACUGGAACGGCUGGGCCUGCUUCAUUGUGUCCAUCAGUGCCAUCGGUUUCCUCACUGCCAUCAUCGGUGACUUGGCGUCCCACUUCGGCUGCACCGUCGGGCUGCGGGACACCGUGACCGCUGUGGUGUUUGUGGCUCUGGGAACCUCAAUCCCAGAUACCUUUGCCAGCAAAGUGGCCGCCACACAAGACCAGCACGCUGACGCGUCUGUUGGAAACGUGACCGGCAGCAACGCCGUCAACGUGUUCCUGGGGAUCGGCGUUGCGUGGUCGGUGGCUGCCAUUUAUUGGGAGAUCAAAGGACAACAGUUCAUCGUCGACCCGGGUUCGCUGGCCUUCUCCGUCACGCUCUUCACCAUCUUUGCUUUCAUCUGCAUGGCUGUGCUGCUUUUUAGGCGCCGGCCCUCCAUUGGCGGGGAGCUUGGUGGCCCCAGAAGGUCCCGCCUGCUGACAACCCUGCUGUUCCUCGGCCUCUGGUUGCUUUACAUCUUCUUCUCCAGCCUGGAGGCCUAUUGCCACUUCAAGAGCUUUUAGUAACGGAGAAGCUGAAUGUUUCAGAAGAGUAUUGCCCAGCAACACAAACAGCCGUCCACUCUAACCCCCGGUUCAUACGCUCAAUGAUUCAACGAGUUUAAUACAGCUCAACGCAGCCUGAAUGCAUCCUGGUCUUCGAUGCAGAAAUCUUGAAAUACAACAGAUACAUGUUCAUAUGUAAACAGAUCCUUAUGAACACAGCGUGGCUACUGGGACCAUAGGAGAAGGAACUGAGCAAGUUUACAUUUUACUGGUUAACAGAAAAUUAGCUGGGCUGUGAUGUUCAUCACACCCAGGUGGGUUUUCUGUCCAUCAGAGAAUCCGAAACAAAACAAAAUCCUUUCCUGCAGCUUCUCGUCCACAGGAACUUUACAGCUGAGGAGGUGGAGCACUGUGUGAAGAAAUGAGUCAAAUGUUUACAAAUCGCUAAUGUUAUAUGUGUUUACUACAGGAGGUUGUCAUGAUGCUUGUCUGAAAACGUUUGGAUGAAGGCUGUCCUCCACAUGCGUUGUAAAUAGAUCGGACACUGAAAAAGUUUGAGAGGAUGAAAAGUAUUUCCCUAAAUGUGAUCGUUUAACAGAACGCAGGAAACUGAGUUUAGGUCUUUUUAAAACUCGAGGACCUGGUCGUCAAACACCUUUGACAUCUUUGCUCAGAAAAUUGCCUCUUUACUGCCCCCUCUCUGUCUGAGGUGAGGUUUGCAUGCAUAAGCAGCUAGAAAACAUCUUUCUGCUGGACCUUGAUUCAGAACAGUUUCCUCCUCAGAUAGAUCGACUCUGAGCCGACACUAAGAUCUGUCGCUCAUCUCUUGUUAGCGUGCAUGCCGACCGUCUCACGUAUUACUGCAGCAUGUAACCUUUAAUGACUGCAGACCCACAGGCACAUGCAGUCAGACGAGACAACAGUAUUAGUUUACAGAGAUUAUGUUUUAAAAGCCGCUAAGAUACAAUGCAGUCGUUUAGGAAGUCAUUCCAACCAUCAUUACUCUACAACAUCUUCUGUUGGUCUGCAGGAUUCUGGUCUGCAGUAAACUGAUGCUCUCAGAUAGCACACAACAGAUGCCAUAAGGAAAAACACUCACAUAUACAUGUGGUAUUUAAGCUUUUAGCUGUACAAACCGCCCAUUCGCUCAUACAUAGUGUUAAACCUGAUUGAGUUGUAUGCAACUUAAUCUGGCUGGAAUGACUUUUGUCUGCAGUAAUUAUAGCUCUCCUGUCGGCAGCAGACAGCUGUCAGGACCUUCUUCACCUGAAACAGGACGUGAGAGGUGAUUUCACUCAGUCAUGUUUGUAGAGUCUUGCACUUCUGCAUACUGAGUGUUGACCUCGGAGGGAAACAGAGAAUGCUGCCCUGCAGGUGCUUCUUGAUGCAGACUGACUGAGCCGGACUGAAGCUACUGAAACUACCGGCUGCUAAAUGGACCGUAGAAACCAACCAGAAACCUAAACUGGAAGGUACAGAACCCUGAACAGACAUUUCAGGUUUUUUAUCUUCCAGGUUGAGGAAGAUGAGAAGUCAGUGCUUGAAAAUGUCUCUAUGAAUGCAGCAGACAAUGUGAGUCAUCCCACUACACCGAUAACAAUUUGCUUUAAGUAGUAGCUUGAACCAAUGAAACUUUAUCCUAAAAUUGCUAAAUGCUCGACAUCUGAGGCGGUCAUUACUGUUAUAACAGGAAGGAUUUGAGUCUUUUACCCAAAAAUAACAGAACUUUGUAAACUUUCUAAAACUAAUUUUGUAUCUUUUCCCUGCAGCUGAAGCCAAGGUAGACAUUUUUAUAUUUCCAGACAACAUUUAGGUUCAACAGGUAGUGCAGAUGACAUUAUUAGAUUUUAAUUUCUUAAACUGAUCCAACAGAGAAAAAUAUCCAAGCAUCUGGUUUACAGACACACACAGGCUGCUGCCCUAUAUGGAAGCCUGAAACUGCCUUAACCAAGUCAAAAUAAAGGUAAAAAUACAAAUGAUUUCAUAAAAAAAAUUUUGCCAAAAUGUUUAAAGAUAUACUGUUUAAUAACUUCAGUAUAUUUCUUUGAUAUCCUGAUAUUUCUUUGGGUUUUCCCUGUUUGUUUCUCAACAAUAAUUUUUCUUAAUUGGGCUGUUUUUUUGUUUGCCCAUUUUCAGCUCGCAGUUCUUUACAAAAUAAAAGUAAGAAGGAUAGAAAAAACUGAAGGGCUUAAUUUUGGUUUAUCUGGAAUGAGUAAGCUUUGUCUUAAACCAGUCUGGAAUGAGUUUGCUUGUCUAGAAUCGGUCUGGAACGGAUUAGUUCCUCUCAGAACGCGUGGACUGAGCUGAGCUUGUGUGGAAUCAAUUUGGAAAGAGUCAGAUUUGGCUAGAAAGAGUCUGAAAUGAGUUUGAUUCAUCUAUAGGUUUUAAUUUGGCUGGGAUAACUCUGGAAUUACUUUUUAAUGGGCUUGGUUGGUCUGGAACAAACUUGGAUUUGUCUAUAAGGUAUUUGAAUUGUUGGAAUUAGUUGUUCUCAACCCUGGUCCUCAGGCCCCUCAGGCCUUCACGUUAUAGAUGUUUCUGUGCUCCUGCACACCUGAAUCAAAUGACUGCAGUACUUCAUCACCAUGACUUUUGUAGCCUGUUGGUCUCCCAUUCAUUUAAGUUAUGUAGCUGCAGGGAAACACCUAAAACAUGCAGGACAGUGGGCCCUGAGGACCAGGACUCAGAGCCACUGGUCUGGAUCAGCAUCUGGCCUGUCUAGGAUUAGUCUUAAAUUGAUUCUGUACAUUAAAAGCAAAGUAGCCAAUAAAGCUGCUUCUGAUUCAGAUUUUCUUUUCCCCGUUCAGUCUGGAAUUAGCUGAUCUGUAAUGAAUUUGGUCUGGAAUUGUCUAGAUUUGGUCUGUAGUGAAUUUAGUUUGGAUUGGGUUUAUUUGGACUGGAAAAUGUCUGCAAUCAAUUUUGUUUCUGUGGGCUGAGUUUAUCAGUCUGGACAGAGGUGAUUUGGCUGCAAUGAGACUGGAAAGACGUGGUUUGUCUGGUUACAGUCUGGAAUUAAGAUUAGAGAAGACAGACUUUAUUGAUCUCACAAUGAAGAAAUUAACUGACAGCAGCUCUCAGUACCACACAAGUAGGGUGCAGAUAGGAAAAUGUGCAAUCAAAGAAGAACAAGGUAAAUGUGCAAAACAAGUGGUGAUAGUAGAAUAAAAUAAAAUAAAAUACCUUGUGUACAAUAACAGUGGAGAUGAUUGCAGGUAUUUACAAAUACAGAGGUUAUUACACGAGUUACAGUAGAAUUAAACAGUCUGACAGCGGUGGGGAUGAAGGACCAUGAACUUGGUUUGUCAAGAACGAGUUUGGUCGGUCUAGAAUGAAUCUAGAAGAAUUUGGCCUUGUCCAUAAGCAAAGUGAGUUUGUUUAGAAAUGGUCUGGAUUUACUCAGGUUUACCUUUAUUUAAGUCUUGAAUAAGUUUCACCAAAAGUAAAAGCACUGUGAAACUGAUGUUCUAUCCUUACUUUCCAGGUAAAUGUGAUGAAGAGAUUUAAAUUCUAUCCUCUUCUUCAGAGACUCACUCGUUGGAGGACUGUAGGGAAAGAUGAGCUCUUUCUUAACAUCUUAAAAAAGUGCUUUUAGCAAACUGAAUCAGUAAUAAACACGGAAGUUAAAAAAAAAAAGGUGAAAGUGAAUCUUGAAUCCUGUUAGAGUAAAAAUAAGAUAAGAAUUUCUUAUAAAAUGUCUUUGAAUUGGAAAAUACCAGAUGGGCAUGACUUAUCCAGUCCCCCUAUUUAACCUAUUUGGUGAAUUAAAUUGUUGAUGCAUUUAUUGAGUAAAUUGAGAAUUUUAAUAUUUCAACAUAUUGGUUUAUGUCUCUUUGUUGCAUUUCUUUUUGCCCUUUAGCUCCAUCAUGAGACAGAUGGAGGCUCUCUAAAAGGAAACAUAAAAAAAGAAUUGUGAUAGAAAUCAAAAUGUGAAGGACCUUCAUUGAAAAGUCCAAAAAAAGUCUAAAAGAAAAUAUACUUUGGGAAAUAAAUGGGAAAAUGUAAAGAAACGGGUCACUACGUUUAAAACUUCAUGAUUUAAUUGACUUUUCAUGAAUGUUGAUAUAUUUAUGAUCUGGUUAUACAGUUUUGUAUCAUUUUUCUUGGUAUUGGCUGGUUCUGUCUCCCAUCAGCUUGUUUCUGUUGAUGAGUAAUUAUUAUGAUGAGAUCAUUUAUUUAUUUUUAUUAAAAGAUAAGCUGUGCCGCAGGUCCUUGAGGGGAACGGUCUGCAGUUUAGCUCAAGGAGUGCCCUCUUUAUGUGCAAUACAGUUCAUGUAGUCUCAUCAGUUCACACCUUCUCCUGCCACAGUGUUUACUGUAGCCCUCUGUGCAUUUCUUCAUCCAGUCCUUGUGAGGGAGGGCUUUUAAGUGUAAGUAGCAUGUUUACAUGACGAAACAGUGUGGAUAUCAGUCUCUGGCUGCAGCGCCACAAGGUUCUAUUGCUGCCUGGAGCAAAGUCUACAUCGCAUGUCAAACACAGGCGUGAUGAACUUCUGUGGGAUGGAGAAGUGAUCAACACCAGCUGGAACUCUUCCGACCCCGGCGCUCCCAGCAGAGGUGAUCCAGAUGUGGCUCAGCAGCCGGGAACAGAACUGCUCACAACGUCCCCCCAAUGUUCCGUGUUUCCGUGAACUUCUGUACUAACUGUUUGCUGUUCCUUAGAUAGAUGUGAUCCACGCUUACAGCCGCCUCCCCCAGUGUGUUCUGUGCUUGCCUCCCCUCCGUGUCCCUCUGAACAUGCAUGAUGAAUCCGUGUGUUUGCGUGUUAGCAGCAUGGUCUACCUUGACGAACGCCAGAAGACUCCUACAUUUUCAGAUUGUGGCUGUGAAAGCACAGCUGCAUACAGAAACACGCCUGUCUGCUGUUUCCUCCUCUGUUGUGUCAGAGCAGCUCAUCCAGGAUCUCUGUGUCUGUGUUGGUGUUAACCCUCCUCCCCAGGUCUUGCUCUCUGUGUCUCUCUGUGAACUUGUUUUAUGUGUUUAAAAAAUAAUUCUCUCUGCCUGAAUCUUUGUAGGGAAACUAUGACUGAGUAAUUAUAAUAUCAUGUGAUAGAUAUAUACAUUUAUUCAGUAUUCUAAGAAGAAAAUCAGAAGAAAAAAACAUGGCAUGAGAUGUAAUGUGUAACUGAAAGAAAAUGAAGGCCUUCAAUUGAGUGACGUUGAACUUAGUUAAAUAUAGUUUAUUUAUUUUCAA